UGGCGAGGUGGCGUCGGUCCGGCCCGGCCGCUCCUGUUCCCCGCCAUGCAGAGGCCAGACUCCAGCGCUUGGCCUCUCUGAUCUGGUCACAUCGCGGAACGCGCUGAGGGAGCCCAUGGCGGAGCCCUCCGAGCCUGACCGGCCGGACGGCGAGAGCCAGGGGGAAGAGGAGGAUGAGGAGCGGGAACCUCUGCUGCCGCGGAUCGCCUGGGCCCACCGGCGGAAAGGCGCCCCGGGCAGCGCCGUGAGGCUGCUGGAGGCUGCCGGGGAGGCCCGCGAGGCUUCUCCUUCCGUGGCCGUCGAUGAGGAACUGUUGCUUCCGCCCAGGGACGUGGGGGUCUCCCAGAGCUCGUCCACCAACCGGGACCGGAUCCGCCCCACGGGUUCAGUAACUACUGGUACUUCAGAGAUGAAUGCAAUCUUGGAUGAUCCAGAAUUUGCUGAUAUUGUGUUGAGAGCAGAGCAAGCAAUAGAAGUUGGAAUUUUUCCAGAAAGAAUCUUUCAAGGUUCAAGUGGAAGUUACUUUGUGAAGGAUCCUAAGAGGAAAAUUAUUGGUGUGUUUAAACCCAAAUCAGAAGAGCCUUAUGGUCAACUAAAUCCAAAAUGGACCAAAUAUGUUCAUAAGGUCUGCUGCCCUUGCUGCUUUGGCAGAGGCUGCCUGGUUCCUAAUCAGGGUUACCUUUCUGAAGCUGGUGCCUGCCUUGUAGAUGAAAAGCUUCAUCUGGGCAUUGUACCUAAAACAAAGGUGGUUUGGCUUGUCAGUGAGACCUUUAACUACAGUACAAUUGACCGUGCAAAAUCAAGAGGCAAAAAGUAUGCUUUAGAAAAAGUGCCAAAAGUAGGUAGAAAGUUUCACCGGAUAGGACUCCCUCCCAAGAUUGGUUCCUUUCAGUUGUUUGUUGAAGGUUACAAGGAGGCUGAAUAUUGGCUUAGGAAAUUUGAAGCUGACCCUUUGCCUGAGAAUAUUAGAAAACAAUUUCAGUCACAAUUUGAAAGAUUAGUUAUUUUGGAUUACAUCAUCAGAAAUACAGACAGGGGAAAUGAUAAUUGGUUAAUCAGUUAUGAAAAGCAGAAAUGUGGAAAAGAAAUUGACUAUCCAUUUCACUGGGCUUGGCUUCCUCAAGCAAAAGUUCCUUUUUCUGAAGAAAUAAGAAGUUUGAUUCUACCAUAUAUUUCUGACAUGAACUUUGUGCAAGAUUUAUGUGAAGAUCUUUAUGAACUUUUUAAGACUGACAAAGGAUUUGACAAAGCCACUUUUGAAAGUCAGAUGUCUGUGAUGAGAGGUCAGAUCUUAAAUCUUACUCAGGCACUGAAAGACGGGAAGAGUCCUUUUCAGCUAGUACAAAUGCCUUGUAUAAUUGUGGAACGGAGUCAAGGUGGGAGUCAGGGUCGGGUUGUCCACCUAAGCAAUUGCUUUACGCAGACCGUCCAUUGCAGGAAGCCAUUUUUUUCUGCCUGGUAACAGAUGUAAGAAUGAGAUAAACAAACUGUUUAAAGUUAUUUUGUUGUUAAACAUUACGGUAAUGUAAAUCUGCUGUUAAGAGCACCAGUUGCCAAAACCUCAAGUAAUACAAGUCUUUAAAGGUUAUAUUUUGAAUGUAACCAAAAGUAUACAGGUUUUUGUCCCAAUAUUAAAUUUCUAUUUCAGGGAAGAAGUGAUAAUUUCCUAUAUUGUAUUUUGUAGAAAAUUUGUAUUUUAUGUUGUUGUUAGUUUAAAAGGUAAUUUUACACAUGCUGGAAUGACUGUAAUUACCCUAGAAUUCCAAGUAGAAAAAUAAGGUGUUUGUUGACUUUGAAUGCAAUAAUUUUUAAUAUACUUUUUAAACAUUGAAAAGAAUGUUCAUGUUAACUCUUUUUACAUUACAAAAGGCUUUUGAGGGUGCGAAAGUCUGAAACUGCUCUUAUGAACUUUAAUAGAAUAGUUAGGUAAUGGAAAAACACGUAAAAAUAAAGCAAUGUUGCCUUAAUUUUAAAAGCUGCUGUUUUAGAACUUGACUAAGUGCCCCUAAAGUGGCUAUUAUUAGGGACCACAAAAUUAUAUCUUUAUUAAGUAACAAGUGACCAUUUUCUUUUUUGUACUUUAGACUAUUUUUGGUGAAUUAUUUUGUUGUAGUCAGGAAAAAUUCUAAAGACAUUCCCCUUUUGUUAAAAAAUGGAAACAUUCAAGUGAGACUUGACAGGAAUAAUAUGAAAUGAAGUAGAUCCCCCAGUAUUUUGGA